GAUACGCCCGGUCCGGGAGUCUUGCUCGGCAUCGACGCCGAGUUUGUCUCGCUCGCGCCGCCGAUCAUGUCCACUCGCGACGACGGCACCGAGUAUGAAUCGGUGCCCGCACGGCUUGGAUUGGCGCGUGUUUCAGUCGUGCGCGGUCACGGGGAUAAAAAGUUGACGCCUAUAAUCGACGACUACAUUCGCGCGGUCGAGCCCGUGCACGAUUACUUGACGCGAUUCAGUGGUUUGGUACCAGGCGAUUUGGAUCCAGCGACGAGUCGGCAUUUCAUCACGCAGCUGAAGCACGCGUACCUGAAACUUCGUUAUUUGAUCGACGCCGGAUGCAUUUUCGUUGGGCAUGGCUUGAAACAGGAUUUCAAGAUGAUUAACAUCGUCGUCCCUCCCGAGCAAGUCAUCGACACCGUAGAACUUUUCCAUUUCAAGCGCCAGCGCAAGUUAUCGCUCAAGUUUCUGGCGACGUACUUGCUCGGCGAAGACAUUCAAGGUGAAACACACGACUCCAUCGAAGACGCGCGUACUGCGGUGAAGCUUUACGAGAAGUAUCUCGAUCUGCAAGCUCGAGGCGAGUUUGAAUCAGAGCUUUUGGAAAUUUAUCGCUUCGGCAAGAAGUACGGCUUCAAGGGAGAGUCGAAGGACGACGACGUUUCCAAAGCGAACGAGGGCUUGAUGAGUGCU